UUCGGUCGUAUUUCCAUCGUUGUCGUUUUCUCUAUAAUUGCGUUAUUUUUUCGCAAUUCGUGAGAUUGUGUACACUAGUGCAAAGUGUACAAAAUGACAAUUCAAUGGAUCGUCUAUCGUAAUUAAGUGAAUUCGUGUAAAUGCAAGCAAAGCAUAACGAGAGAUUUUUGUGUGAGAAAUAGUUGUAGACGAAAAUUGUACGGCGUUUCCCACACACAAGUACCCAGCAGCCAAAGUCGCAGGCACAGUUUUCGUCCCUCAUACGUCGCGCGCAGCACUUCGGGUGCGUUAACCUAGUGCUAACUCUUUCGGUUGUGUGCAUUUUGUGCUAUGAAUGUAUAAACUACUCGCAUUUUCGGUAUUGACAAGCAUUGUAGUGUACUCGCUCCGACGUGGAGUUAAACAGUGUUUUUGUAAAUUUCUCUGCACUCGCUUUCCAUUCGUAAGAAUUAUAAGAGUGUGUAUGGUAUGUGUUUGCGUGCGUGCGAAAACGCAAGAAAUAGACAACAUAACUACAAGAAAAGUAAGGAGAACGAAUUGCUGCUCAUCUGUUUAUUUGUUUUCGUUUUUAUUAAGAGCAGCGUGAAUAGAACAGUAGUCGAGAUACCGUGAGUAAGCCGUCAUUCAUUAGUGUGAGCGAGUUGGACUGUGUGAAGAAAUUUCAGAUGAGGAACAUUGUGGCAAAUGGAACCUUAUGUUUGAAAACAAAGUCAGAGUUGUUACUAGCAAAAGCUGAUAUUAAAUAAAAAGUUAAAUAAAAUUAUCUCCCCGCAGGGAUCGCAUUAUUGGCAUAUUAGGGGAAUGAUAAAAAGAUUUCAUUAACAAAUUGAUGAGCAAAACAAACCAAAAAACGCAAAAGAAAACGGUUAACAAAUGCUAAAAAGAGAGAAGUAGUUAUAGUAUACAAAUGGAAUUGAAUAAAACCAGACAAUUUGUCAAAAAGUGAUACAAGAACAUCGUGGAAAACUUCGCGAACCACAAACUUUAAAAUAGUUGGUGUACAAAAAAUUUUUAGAAAACUACGUAAGAAGGCGUCUACGCUUAGACGGCAGUGGUAUUUCACUCCCGACUAAAAAACAUUUAAAAAAGGGUUACAUUAAAAGACAACUACAACGGAAACGGCAUACCUCUAAUAAUCUUAAAAAGAAAAUUUAAAAAAAAAAUACCAAUAAGAUAUCAAGGAUACACAUGUUUCUUAAAAAGAUUAAGUAAAGUAAAAGUUUAGUAAACCAAAAGAGGCGGAAAGUUAAAAAGUGCAAAAAAAGGCGAUGUGACAUAGUAAUUGUGCUACCCACCCACCAUAAUUGUUAGCAGUAGUGAAAUCAAUUAAUACUAUAUGAAACACUGAAGAAAAGGCUAUUUAUAGGAAGUUAAUAUUCAUUAGGUUCGCCAGUAUGCCAGCACCACUAACUGGAGUAGCAAAACUAAUAACAACAACAAGCAAAGGAUUAUCUUCGUAUGCCUGUGUUUCUUCUACUAGAACGUAAAGGCACAUCAAUUGUUAUUGAAUUCAAUAAAUUGGCUUACGCACUCCCCGAAUAGGUGGAUUCCUACUGCAUUUCUGCGACUGUAAGCCAUUUAUUUGCUGUAGAAUUCUAAUAAAUAAUACCGUAAAAUUGAAAAAAAUAUAUAAAAAAAAAAAGUCGCAAAUACAACGGCAUUCCAACUAAUUAAAAUUAUACCCUCUGCAAGAGUACUAAAGCGUAUAUCUUAAGUAAUAAAAGUAGGCCACACAGAAGCUUUUUUUGCUUAUAUAAAGGCAGAGCUUUAAAGGUGCUCUAAGCAUUCUCAGAGCUGGAUUUGUGUUUUGGGUUCCAGAAAUUUUUUGGCGCUUUUAUUUGAUGCACAUCUCAAAGAGGGAAUUGAAUCAAAUUUGAAUGUCGUCGGUGAUUAAGUUUUAUCGAAGUAGGAAGGAUUCACUGGCACCAUGCAAAGCUUGGAUUCAUCAUGUCAAGAAGCUGAUUUCAUAAUAAAUGACACGCUUAAAAAGCUAAAAGGCUCUAGCACUAGCAUUAAUAGCAACAGCAAUUCGACGUUACCGGCGUUGAACUCGAGCGGCAGUGGCAGUAGCAUAUUGAGGCAACAACAUCCGCAUCAACAAUUAAUUUAUCAACAGCAUCAAUCUAUUCCACAACAAUCGAAGCAACCGCCAUACUCACACUAUCAGCAUCUACAAACUGCGCUGCAGUGUCCCGCGCCGCCACAACAACCACAACUAUUGACAUCUCCACCGCCACCAGCACCACUGAGCAGCGUAACGUUCUCCAGUAAAAGUUCACUGCUUGACUCAAGUCUGCUACAUUGUAAUAUCACACAGAUUCCUAGCCAACCUCCUUAUUGCAUUUUCGAUGAUGGAACUGAAUCACCAAGUGAAGUACCGCCAGUUGAAAUACUCGCAACAAGUAAUAGCAGUAGUGUUGGCGGCGGUUGCGGUAGCAGCAAUAUCGGUAGUAGCACAAGUGGCUUGGAUGGAAUUGUGCUACUCGCUGAACCUUCAACGAACGCGUCAGCGCAUGGUACAGCUACAUCUACGGUGCCAUCACCAUCGUCCUGUUCAUCAUCGACAAAUCUUUCCAACUUUAAUUCAAUCACUUCCCCCUCGCCGGUAGUGCCCGAUUUGUUGUUAUCAACACCGCCAGGCUUAAAUUCUACAACAUCACUCGGCGAAUCAAAUGUAGCUAACAUCGGAGUUUAUGGUAGCUUGGGAACAAGUGCAUUUCUAACAUCUUUAACGCAGUCGUCACAAUUCUCCACAGCAGCGCAUCAAAGCAACAAUAAUAAUAUUACAAUAACCAGUAAUAACAAUAACAAAAAGGCUGAUAAACGUCCUUCCGCGUCCUUAAGUACACAACAACAACACCACAGCAAUCAUUCACAUCAUCAUUACCAGCACCACUACCAACAAUCAUCAACAACAACGCAUCUUCAUCCACCUCAGCAUUUGUUAAGUACAUCAUCGCCCUUGGCUGGUGCGCUGUCAUCGUCUGCAUCGCCUACCUCCUCGCCUAGCAAACGGCAAAAAAUUUCAAAAGAAUCAACAAGCCGAUCAUCACCAUCAACAUCGUCCGCGCGUAAUUCUGGUAGCAAGCGCGACAGUAGCUCGUCGGCGGCAUGUGCAUCUGGUAGCACAACAUCAUCUAGUUCAGGUGGCGCAUCAUCAUCGCCGUCAUCUAAGUUCUUUAACAUUCACGACAAAAUACGCGAAAACUAUCUACAAUUGUUGGCUAAUGAUUUAAACUCAUUCACGGAAACUGGGCUCAAACAGCGUUCGCGUGCUUUUGUUCUGGAGCGUUUGGUAGAAAGUGAAAAACUGAAUACAAUUGUUGUAAACCUAUACCCGGGCAAUAAAGGAUACUCAUUAGCGUUACACUAUGACGAUCGGCAAUUGUUAACGCCUAAUGGCGAAUUUGUGCAUGCAGGUGAUGGGUCGGGUACUGGUGGCGCGGAGAGCAUACAAGCAGGUACGAGUGGCACUUCUUCCGCAACCACCUAUAGAGGUGCUUCUAGUCGUAGCAUUGGCAGUGGUAGUGGUAGUAGUAGCAGCAGCAGUAAACUAAGUUUCGCCGCUAUACCGCCUGAUUUAAAAGGCGCCGGUAAUGACUAUGAAAAUGCCUCCGACUUGAAGCUCAAAGUUGCAGGCGGCAGAGCCGAUGAACAUGGCUUACAACAACAUCAACAACAUGAGUACCCACUGAUCGAAGUACUGCGUUGGCCCUACGAAAAUGAUCAAUUGCUACAGUGCAUUGAUCGUGAGGUAAUACCGGACUUUCUUGUUGACAUGUUGAAUGCGCCCAGCCUCACAUUGAACGCUUCGCACGAUGACAGCGAAGCUGCACGUACCUACGUUAAGCCGAAUGUCUUCUACGCUGGCUGUGUAAUUGCGCAAAUACGCGAUUUUCGACAAACAUUCGCUAUUUCGACGAAUAUCUGUGAUACGAAACACGUCCUUCUGCGGCCCACAAAUGCCACCAUAUUUGCUGAUGUGCAGCACUUGGCCAGCACAACGAAUCUGAACAUUAAUCCAACGACAUCGGCAUCAGCUGCGGCAGCAGCGAUUUGUGGUGCAGAGGAUAAAUUACAACUGGAAAGUCAGUUAGUGCUAGCCACUGCGGAACCGUUGUGUUUGGAUCCCGAUCCUAAUAUCGGUCGUUUUGCCAUCAAUGCACAGAAUGCGCGACAACUGUUCAAUACGCAUGAGUUGCGACGUCAAAUGAAAAAGUACACGCAAAUUUCAAUAAAUCGAAAACGAAAAUUGGAUCAGUUUACUCAUCAUUACGGACUUGAGUUAUGUGACUACUUGACACGACUGCGCGCACGGCCACGUACAAGUAGCCUGGUGAACGCUAAUGCCGCCGCGGCCACAGCGCCUAGCAGCAAUCCCCUGGUGAGUGCAAUGCUCACUUCGUUCUCGUCGAAAGUACCACGUCGACCGCGUGACGUCAUACGACCGAUACGUCCGCCACGGCUGGAAUAUCCAUCGAAUCUGAAAGUACCCGAGCAGCUUAUAAGUGUGGAAAAGUAUGCUAAGACGUAUGAGCGGCCACGUGAAACCACAGACUGCCAGCCGCAAUUGAUCGAAGAGUACGUGUUGGAAACUGAACGUGAAGAAAAUGCUGGGCGACGUGUGAUCUAUCACAUAAAACUUUCCAUUUUUCAACGACCCUCGAAUUCUGAGUACCUGGGUGAGCUAUAUGUCGAUCGCGAUUACCGUGAGGGUGAACGCAAUGGUGAGUCUUGUCGCUUUUCGUUGGGCACACGCAUACAUGCGAAUCGAUACAUACAGCAAUUCACCGAGAUUUUCACCGAAGAGGGACGCAAAGCAGUUAAAAUCACGCACUUGGUGCCGGGUCAUUUGCCCAAGGUAACACACACAGGCAUCACACCGGAACAGCGACAGGCCUUGCUGAUGCAACAACGACAGGCGGCACUAUUAGCAGCACAACAACAACAGCAGCAACAACAACAGCAUGUGCAACAUGCUACGACCUCGGCGGGUAAUGCUCAGCAUGUUACUGUUGCAGCAGUGGCUAGUGGAAGCACCACAGCCAGCCAACACCAACAACCGCCGCAACAGCAACACGUUGUGUUGGUCGGACCGAAUGGCCAGCAACAGCACAUAUUGCCCGCCACCGUACAACACAUAGGCACUGUUGGACAUCAACAACAAGUUGCGCAAACUGUUUGCGCCGUUGGCGGGGGCGUGCAGCAGCAGCAACAACAACAACACAUUGCCAUAACGCCAACAGGCGGUAAUUUGACGAAGAAUAUCAACAUUGUCGGGUUAACUGCCAGUAAUGCGGCUGCUGUACAACAAGUAUUGCGCCAACAACAACUACAACAGCAGCAACAACAACACCAACAAAUUACAACACAAUUUAUAGAUGCGAACGGCACAACGAUGCACAUACAGUCGAGCGGCGGCAAUGUCAGUAGCGGUAGUGCGGGCAUUAUUCAUGCGCAACAGCAGCAGCAGCAACAACAACAGCAGCCAGCGCAACACAUCCAACUACAUUCGGUUGCAGGUGGCAAUACUCAUACGACAACGCAGCUAAGCCUUAGCAACGGAUCAUUGGUGUUGGUGCAACAACAUCCACUUACGCAAGCGCAGCAACAACAACAGCAGCAACAAACGCAAACGCUGCAACAUGCCGGUAUUACUAUACAGCCCGCCAACUUGCAGCAACAACAACAACAACAGCAGCAGCAAAAGACUCAGGUCAUCACGGCGGCGCAAUUGAACGCCGUUACUGGCACAAAUUCAGCGUUGCGCACACAACUCAGUUCCAGCGUGCCAAUAUUGCAGGCGCAGCUCAAGGCCGCGCCAUUACUUACUGCACAACAGCAGCAGCAGAUCUUGCAUAAAACCACACAACAGCAACACAGUACUGCCAGUAGCAACAAUAGUAGCAAUUCGACGACGACGACAUUACACACAAAUCCUGCGAUAAAUGCAAUCUUCACCAAUAUCAUGAAUAGCGCCAAUCAAUUCCAACAACAGAAGCAACAGCAGCAACAACAACAACAACAGUUGCAGCAGAACUCCAACAAUAAUAGCGGUGGUGUCAGCAACCCUAAUGUGAAAAAUAGCAGUAACGCCUCCAUACGCAGCUUAUUGAAUAGCGCACCUGCCGCUAUGACAAGUACACCAGUGGCCAGCGGCACUUUUACCACUUCGACCGGCCAACAUCAGACCGUCACACAGGUGCAACACACAUCUUCAACGCCUCAGCAGCAACAACACCAGCAGCAGCAACAGCAAACAAUUGUGAGCGGUGAAAACUUUGUCCAGGUGACAACACAGCCAGCCACUGUUUCGGCGGCGACAACAGUGCAGCAACGUAAGCAGACCAACAACGAAGUGCUGCAGAAUCUCCUUAAUCCUAAUCGAAAAUUUAAUAUCGUCACCAGCGGUGGCAAUAUUGUGACUGCCAGUGCAGGAGGCACAACCUUCCGUACUGCAGCGGGCAAUUUGGUUGCUGUCAAUCUGAACCAAGCAGCCCAACAUCAAAACCAAGGCCAGGACGGCCAGCAGAUGCAACAGCAAACGACUGGCACCCAGGCACAUCAGACGGUGCGCGUGUCAAUGUCGGCACUCGCCUCACAAUUAGCUUCACCGCCAGCGAUUAUGACGAAUCCAAAUGCGCCCAACUUUGGUUACACAGUGAGUGCGCUGGGUGCUGGUGGCGGCGGCGCCACGGUGAAUACUGUAAGCAGCGUGAGCGGUGCAUCUGGGGGCAGCAUAAAAAUACUCAAUAGUGGCGCGCAGCAACAACGAGUUGCGUUGGCAAAUGCAUUACGACGAGACUCUAGCAACACAGGUGCCCCACCGAAUGCUAUUGUUGUUGGCGUGGCCGCACCAUCACCUGGUAGUGACUCGAAUGCGUCAAAUGCCAGUGGCUUUGCGGUGCCGCAGCCAACCAGUACCACAAAUUCAGUUGGCACCGCAACCAGCUUGACACUGCUAGGUGCGGCAACGCCGUCGCCUUCCGGCUCCGAUCAUUCACAGUCGUCAUCACAAACGCAGAAUCAAGUACUGCUUGAGCGCCUUCACAACAGUAGUGGAACUGCUGCGACUGCGAUGCCAAAUAUGUCUCCCCAACAACAACAACAAGCGCACGUGCACACACAAUACCUAGCGAAAACGUUGGUGCAAUCGCCAGCUGCUGCCACAUCCAUACACUCACCCAUGUCUAGUCCACAUCCACAGCCAUCGCCCUCACCACAGCAUCACCACCAGCAUCAGCAACAACAACAGCAAUCAACUGCCUCCAACACGACGACUACGCUGAAUUUACAGGGUAUUAAUCUCUUGCAAGGCGCCAUAGCUAAUUUUCCUGGACUGCAGAAUGUGCAAGUGCAAAUACCGGGCUUGGCUCAGCCGCUUUCGUUGCAGCUGCAGGCCGCUGUGCAACAGCAGCAUGGCCAAUCACAACAACAGCAGCAGGCGCAAUCUAACGCUGCCACUGUCUCGUGCGUGCUUAGCGGCGGCGGUGGUGCGGGUGGUGCUACAGUAAGUAACAGCAAUGCUGCGGCCGGUGUGGUCGGUAGCAGUGGCGUAGUUGGUCAACAGCCACAUUUGCAACAACGUAGUUUAUUGGUAUCAGUUCCUGUCUCAACACACAGCCAACAGCAGCAACACCAGUCGUCGCAACAGCAUACAAUAACGCUGCAAGCGGCAACGGGGACGCAGCAAACCCAAAAUCAUGUGCAACAUGUACCACCAACAGGUACGAUUGUGAAUCUACCUAGUGGCGGUACGGCGACCACUGCCGGUACACAAACUGUGAUGCUAACGAAUACCGGCGCGGGUGGUGCUGGAACCGGUGGUGCUGGUGUCGGCAAUGCAGGAAAUGCAGCAGGCGGUGGCGGUGCUACAGCAACAAUGCUAACAUUGCCAAUUGCUCAAUUUGUUGGUCCCGGUGUACAAAAACUAAAUCCUCAAACAAUCCGUACCUCAAGUGGUGGUGGUGGUGGUGUUGCAGGUGGCAGCAUUGUAAUACAACAGCAACAACAGACGCCACAACAGCAGCAGCAGCAGCAAGUGACGCAACAGCAUCAGCAACAGGGCCAUCAAUCGCAACAACAACAACAACAAACUACUACGACAAUAAAUGUGAGUGGAGUUGCCGCGGGCAGUGGCGGUAGCGGCGGCGGCAUUGUCAGUAGUGGUCAACAGACAGCAAUUCAAUUGGUGGGCACCAUACAGCAACGUCCACGCAACAUACAAGUUGUCGGUACGAAACAAUUGAGCGGCGCACAAAGGCAAUUAAUUGCGACGCAACGCAAUAUUGGCAGUUCGACGUUGAAAAUCGCCGCGACCCCAAUUAAUGCAUCGAAUGCAAACACAAUUACAACAACAACUAAUUUAACUGCCACACCCAUUGUGAUGUCGACGCAAAAAUUGCAAUUAAAGACGAUAAAAACGCCACAGCAGCAGCAACAACAACAACAACAUGCACGUAUAAUAAAUCAAGUGACGGCGACAUCUACAUCCCAAACGCAAACGCCACAUCAAGCGCAGCAGCAGCAACAACAGCAAACGGUUAUUAUAGGGCAGCAUGUAGCCACAGCGCAAGCGGCACAGCAGGCGCAACAACAACAACAACACAUACAACUUGCAGGACGCACCGUAACAACAACGGGUAAUGCCAAUCUAAAUCAACAACUUAUUUCGGCAAUAGCCAAGGCAGCUAAGCAGCAACAACAACAACAACAACAAGCGGCAAAUCGACGUAGAUCGGCAACAGAUGUAAAUAAAUGAAUGUCGCUGAAUAUAUAAUGUAUAUGAUUUAGUAGACAAGUAGUAAGUGGAGCAGCAGUAGCAGCAGCAGCAGCGGCGGUUGGCUGAAUUGAGUCAAAAGAGUAUAAGUGAGAGAAACUAUAUAAGCAAAGCAGUAUAAGAGAAAAGCAGAUAUUAAUAUAAUAAUAAUAAUAAUAAUAAAACAGAAAAAUUUAAGCAUAACCAAUUAUAUUGCAAGAACAAACAAGAUACGAAAGUUUAGGCUAAGGUAUUAUAUUAUACUUUACCCUAAAUAAUAUGCGUGUAAUUCCUACUUCCUCCCUUCCCCUCACUAACACAUAGCCCCAGCCCCUCCUACAUGCAUAUACAUACAUUCUAUAUGCAUGCAAACAAUAUAAUUAUCGGCUGCCAUACUUGCUAAAGCGCGCACGUCUCUCCCUUCCAACACAUACAGACGCACACUGUUAACGGCCACCAAUUGAUUUGAUUUAAAUUAAAUUGAUUUUUAAAAAAGUAUAAACGUUUCAGUUAACGAAUUUCACAAAAAUCUCUAGGUGGCUUAUUAAUAAUAAAGCCGGUGAAUGCAUUGGAUUGUACAUACAAUAAUUAAAGAUUAAUUGGUAAAGUAUUUGAAAUUGAUUUUUUUGCAAAAAUAAACCUAAACAAUUAUGAACAAUGGAACACAUAGACAAUUUUGAUGAAUUCUACACUACAUAAGAUCAAAACUAUUGGCGCGCGCGAAAGAACUUGGCAUAAUACAUAAUUUUAGUGAUAUAUCUUAAAACUAAAAGCGUCCAAUUGAAAGCAUGUUUAUCGAAAUUUUAUUAAAAAA